AUGUCUACACCAUCAGGUUCAAAUCCGUUACCAAUGGCCGACAAGUUAGAAGCAAAAGGUCGUAUAGCAUCCAUCAAGUUCGACUAUGUCAAGAAUGGUCAACCUAAAGCUGGAUCAACCCAUGGUGUCUCAUAUCACAAUUUCACCGAGUGGUUUGAUCUUAACCAUACAUGCGAUGAGCAUAUCUUAUCUGUGAAGUGUUACUACGAUGAUGGUGAGAUACAAGGACUUGUGAUCAAAACCAAUAUCAGGACGUCUGCAUAUAUGGGAUAUAACAUUGGUACUACGUUUACACUUGAAGUCAAAGGCAAGAAGAUCGUUGGGUUUCAUGGAUCUUUUGAUAAAAACCUUACCUCGCUUGGAGCUUAUUUCGCACCGCUUUCUCCUGCUAAGUAA